AUGUCGGAUACUUAUUGGAACCAGCCCGGUCAGCGUACUUCGUGCAACUCGCGGGGUCACCGGGGUCAGCGGGCUCAGCAGCCUUCACAGGCACAGCAGCCUCCGCACGCACAGCAGCCUCCGCACGCACAGCAGCCUCCGCAGGCACAGCAGCCUCCGCAGGCACAGCAACCUCCACAGGCACAACAGCCCCCGCAGGCACAGCAACCUCCGCAGGCACAGCAACCUCCACAGGCACAGCAACCUCCACAGGCACAGCAACCUCCACAGGCACAACAGCCCCUGCAGGCACAGCAACCUCCGCAGGCACAGCAGCCUCCACAGGCCCCUCUGCCGCAACAGCCUUCACAGGCACCAUUGCCGCAGCAGCCCCCGCAGGCUCCUCCGGCUCAGCAGCCUCUGCAAGCGCAGCAGGCUCAGCUGGUGCAAGCCGCGGCAGGGGACGAGGACGAGGACGAGGACGAGGAGGCCGACCCAAAUGGGCAGGAGGCUCAGGGAACUCAGCAGGCCCAAGGCGGGCCAAUUGCGCCGCACGCAGGCAAUGCGGCGAGUGCUGCGCUUCCGCCAAAUACACCAAACCUGCCGGCUCCGCCGAACACGCCGAACGUAGCACUUGUGAACGGGGUAAACGGGGCAGCCCCAGUAACCGGAGUGAACCAUGUUAACAGGGUGAGUGCAGUAGCCAGGGCAACCCCCCAAGUGAACGGGGUUGUCCAUAGACACGGCGUAAAUCCAGUAGCUAGGGCCAACCCCCAAGUGAACGGGAUUGUCCAUGGAAAUGGCGUAGCUAGGCCAAACCCCCAAGUGAACGGGGUUGUCCCGGCAAACCGGGCAAACCCCAGGCCUCCCGGGCUUGUCGCCGUAGGCGGGGCAAGCGCGAUGAACGGUGGAGUCGACGCCCAAGGUGGUGCACAAGUACGAGGUCCGUUCCAGCGGGUCGGACACCCAGACUACCACAUCCGCUACAUUCUGCUCAACGCGACCACGGCCUGGACGGCCAUCCGCUGGCUGGCCCCAGGCCCCGUCGACUGGCACGGGGCGCCGGUGGAUGCACUGAAUCUGGAGUUCCAGUUGGUGCGGCAACGGUUCCCCGACGCAGUGACGCUGCAUGGCAGCAUCACGCAGUCGCCCACAAUACGUCUCUUCCGCGAGGCGCGGCCCUGGGCCGCCGGCGUCGAAGCCCCGAUCCGCGAUACCCGGGUGGUGGCCGAGAGUAGGGACCUGGACUUGAUGGAUCCCGCCCAUACCCGCCUGAUCCUUGAUUGGAAGCGUGCCAUCCCCACUAAUCCGCCGAGCAAUCGGUGA